AUGGAGGAGAUAGAGGUUAUCAAUACUAUCCCUAUUAGCCAUACGAACCAGCCCGAUGUCCAGAUUUGGCGAGGUAAUAGAUCGGGAGAAUUUUCAGUUAGAAGUGCCUAUCACUUAGCGGUGGAGUUGGAAGGGAGAACAGUUUCAGAAUGCUCUAAACAAGUGAAGGAGAGCUCACUGUGGAAGACGUUAUGGCAUUUACCCAUAUCAAAUGCUGGAAAAAAUUUCUUUUGCCGUGCAUGUCACAACGUGCUCCCAACAAAAGACAACCUACUUAGAAGAAAAGUGAUAAAGGAGCCGUUUUGCCCGAUAUGCGAAAGGGAACCAGAGACGGUCAUGCAUGCAAUAUGGAGUUGCCUAGCAGCUACGGAUGUGUGGGGCUGCAGUAAGAAAGUUUUCCAAAAAUGUGCCAUUGAAGGUAAUGAUUUUAUGCUUGUGGCUGAAUUUAUAUUGGGCAGAUGUGGGAAAGAAGAUGCUGCGCUUUUUAUUCACCUUGCUCAUCAGAUAUGGAUGCGGAGAAACAAAUGGGUUCAUGAAGGUAAUUUCAUCAACCCAAAUGUUCUAACGAAGGAGGCGCAGGCAUAUGUUCAUGAAUUUCAAAAAGUAAAUGAGCUAGCAACUUCUGCUACGGAUGAGAACGUCAACAAAAACGAGAACGUUAAAUGGUCAGCACCUACACAAGGUUGGCUUAAGGUCAACUGGGAUGUAGCUAUUGACAAAGCUGGUGGAAGAAUGGGGAUAGGAGCUAUUGUCAGGGAAGAAAAAGGAAAUGUAAUUGCUACAAUGUGCAAGACACAAAGUGGGAGCUUUGAACCAACGAUGGGAGAAGCCCUUGCUUCUUUUCAUGCAGCGAUUUUGUGCAGAGACCUGGGAAUAUAG